AUGUCGCCCACUCGCAAAAUCAACGUGUCUACUAAUAUUCGAAAUAAAGAUGUUGAUUCGUUCGAUUUCACCUGGAGUUUCCAUCCCAUUUUCGUCUGGAUGCGAACGGUCUUGGGCAUAGAAUUGAACGACAACCGACUCGUGUUAUUAGCAACGGCCGAUGCUGCUGCUGUUGAACCGUUGCGCCGGAGAUGCUGCCGCUGGAUCAGACGCUUAUUCUGGGGGUUCCUAGUCCUCGUCAUUUCUCUCUCGGUCAACAUUUUGGACGCCAUUUUCACUCACGGCGACACGAUCGACAGCAAUUAUUUGCUGCACGAAGAAAAGGUCAACGUCACCGUGUCCGAUCUGAUGAUCAUUCGCAUCGCCUCCGUCAACGAAGUCUUUUACAACGGGACCAUCCACUUGAUUUUCUACACGCUGGCCUGUUGCCUCGACGAGUGGAAGCAUUUGUGGACCAUUCUGCAAAAGAUUCAAUUCCAAUUGCCCAAACUGGACAGGGAAUUCUAUUUCACCUGCAGGAAGAUUGCAGUCGUCGGAACCAUUUGCAUCUUUGUGGAUUGUGGGUUGAACGUUCGAUUGGCCUUCAAUAAUUUAAGGACGACAUUGCCGGUCGACGUCGUCAUAUUGGUGACGUCACUCUCCAAACUGUCAGAGACGUUAUCUUUGAGCGUUUUGGUUUUGUUUUUCGUUCUGGUCUGGUCGACUAUUCACCUGUUCCGCUUCGUCAAUUCGAAAACGGCCGGUUUAAUCACGGCCGAUUCUUGGUCGAACGCGCCCAUCAGUUUCACGGUCAGCCAACAGCUGGAAAACUGGCGACGUCUUCACGCCCUGACCUGUCAACUGGUGGAUCGCAUCAACUCUUGCUUCGGCUUCAUUUUGCUGGUGGCCAUGACUCACGGCUUCAUCAGCUUCAUCAGCGACUCGUUCGAAAUCACCAUGGCCUUCAGCAACGGCAGUAACUUCCAGUCGCGCUUCCUCAUCCGUUUCUUUCAACAUUUCACACUCUUGUUCGUCGUCUGUUAUUCAUCUUAUCGACUCCAGGCAGAGGCUUCGAAGACGUCGAAAUGUCUUCGCCAGUUCAAUUUCUCAUCCGUUCUGCCCAAUCUGCACAUCCAGCUCAACGGCGUGUUGAUGGAGGUGGGUCAAACGCAGUCGAAAAUAUCAGCGGCCGAUUUCUUCGACAUUAACUUGAGUCUCAUUCCAACUCUGAUUGGCACAACUGUGACAUACUUGAUCAUACUCUAUCAACAAGCCAACGCCGAGGCCAAAUGAAUAUCGAUUCGACGUCCCGGUUUAUUUUCAAACUGGCACAAGUCCCGCGUGCGUCAAUUGCUGGGCACUCCCCUGAUGCGUUAUAUAAGAAGAGCACAUCAGCGGAGAGCGGCCAAAUGAAAAAGGAAGACAACCAGACAGAGUCUCUUAUCAAUUACUCCCACGUCAUGUUAUAUCUGCUAUACUGCCCGAAUCUAAUAAUAUAGUAAAAAACAACUUGUUUUGUUGGAAUAAAC